AGCAGACGCCCGAGAAAGUACCCGCUGAGCAGAUGGUGAUGCACCUGCUCCUUUACAGUUUGUGCGGAAUGUGUCAGCGUCUUUGCGGGGUCUUUUUUUGUGUGUGUGCAUAAUCACACCGCGCCGGCGUGAGCAGCAGCUUUAUACUGCCACCGGAGAUUUCGUUUUUUGCCAUGCAAUGAGCAAUAAAACCAAAACAGGGUGACUUUACAGUUUCUACGUUCGAGUUGACCCCUGUGCGUUUCGGACUGAGAUCUUCACGACUUUUCCUCGGCUGUUAGCGGUAUCUUGAACCCGUCUCAGCGCGCCCCGCCACCGGAGCAGCGAUGCCUCCCGGAGUGGUCACCGCCCCUCGCAGCUCGUCUGCCGGCUGCUUCUUCGCCUGCCGCGGGGCGAAGAUCAGACCCUAUUUCACCGAGAACUCCGUCAUCUGUCGGGGGGAAAUCUAUCAGCUCAUCAGUGAAAGUUUCCUGACAGUCAAAGGAGCUGCUCUCUUCCUGCCUCGGGGAAAUGGCUCCUCUCAAACUUCAGCAUCUCGCUUCUCACAGCUGCGGAGUAAACAUGCAGGAGACAUCCAGCAGCAUCUGCAGACCAUGUUCACUCUCCUCAGACCAGAGGACAACAUCAAGCUGGCGGUUCGUUUGGAGAGCGCCAGCACUCAGGCCACGCGCUACAUGGUGGUGGUCUCAACCAUCGGGCGCCAAGACACCGAGGAGAGCGUGGUGCUAGGCAUGGAUUUUAGUCCCGUAGAUAGCUCAUGUUCAGUUGGUUUGGUUUUGCCUUUAUGGAGUGACACCUUAAUACACCUUGAUGGAGAUGGAGGAUUCAGCGUAUCAACCGAUAACAGAGUGCAUGUGUUCAAGCCUGUUUCUGUGCAAGCUAUGUGGUCGGCUCUGCAGUCGCUCCACAGAGCCUGCGAAGUGGCUCGUUGCCACAACUACUUCCCAGGCAGCUUGUUCCUCACCUGGGUCAGCUACUAUCAAAGCAGGGUGUCCUCCGACCAGACUCGCAUCAACGAGUGGAACGCCAUGCAGGAUGUGCAAUCACACCGUGCUGACUCACCCGUCCUUUUCUCUGAUGUCCCCACAGAGAGAGAGCUUACUGAGCGACAGAUAAAAACCAGCUUAAGGGAAAUCAUGAUGCAGAAAGAUCUCGAGAAUGUCACCUGUAAAGAAAUCCGAACAGAGCUGGAAAUGCACAUGACAUGCAACCUGCGAGAGUUCAAGGAGUUCAUCGACAAGGAGAUGAUUGUUAUUCUGGGCCAGAUGGACAGUCCUACAGAGAUCUUCGACCACGUCUUCUUGGGAUCCGAGUGGAAUGCAUCUAAUUUGGAGGAGCUGCAGAAGUGCGGGGUUCAGUACAUCCUGAAUGUAACAAGGGAGAUCGAUAAUUUCUUCCCCGGUGUGUUUGAGUACCACAACAUCCGCGUCUACGAUGAGGAAGCCACAGACCUGCUCGCGUAUUGGAAUGAGACUUAUAAGUUCAUAUCUAGAGCAAAGAAAUCUGGCUCAAAGUGCCUGGUCCACUGUAAAAUGGGAAUAAGCCGCUCUGCAGCCACAGUGAUCGCGUACUCCAUGAAGGAGUACGGCUGGGAUUUGAAAAACGCCUUCGAUUACGUCAAGGAGCGUCGCACUGUGACCAAACCCAACCCCUCCUUUAUGAGGCAGCUGGAGGAGUACCAGGGCAUACUGCUAGCCAGCAAGCAAAGGCACAACAAAUUGUGGCGCUCUCACUCUGAUAGUGAUUUGUCUGAGCACCAUGAGCCUCUGUCUAAGUCCCUCGCCCAACCCAACAGUCUGGGUCGCUCCGACCACCAUAACCAGGCGAGCAGCAUGCCCGGCCCCUCUGUGAGAGACCUGCUGGAAUCACUGGGAACUUCACCGACCACUGGAAAAGCAGCAUACUCCACGAGCCAGCCUGAUACUGGCAUCCAGUCCAGUCUGCUUGGCUCUUCUGCCUUUGAUGACACGGCAUCUUUAUCAGGUGACGCUAAAGCUCAAAGCCUGGAGGGGCCCUCUCAGGCUGAUAAAGCCUUCAGCAGGCAGCCAACCCCCCACCAUCAUGACUCCACAGCCAGUUCUGUGUUAUCUUCCACCCUCUCCAAUGGUCUGUGUGACUCGGAGGAGCAGCCAUCAUUGUCUCCUCUCUCCCAGCCAAGAGCUGCUACAGUGGUCCCCGAGCCUGAGAGGACAGACGUGGUAACUGUUGCACAAAGCGUUUUGGUGGGCCAGCCUCACCCACCUCCCUCUGUUCACCACCUCCCCCCUUCUCCCGCUCCAUCAUCCACGAAUGAAGCCGUCAACCCACAGGUUUCCUCGUUUACCCAACUAGUGUCAGUGCCUGAGCCUAUUGCAUCAAGCAUGCAACAGCCUGGAUCCAACAUUUUAUCUGCACCAGUUCUUAUUAUAAAAACAGACAAUCAUCAGACAUGCAGCUCAGAUCCUCCCACCUCUAUCGACAACAUCAGCCAUCCAAAUGCUGUUCCACAGGACAAUGUGCUGCUGUUCGGCCAUAGUGCAGAUCAUAUAAACUUUUUUAGUGCCAGGGAAAAAUUCAAGGGAAUGAGUCAUGAUGGUAAAACUCAGAGUGCUGCUGUUCAGCAGUCUACUCUGCUUAAGAGCUGUGGUAAAGAUCAUGUACCACUGGCCCAGGAGGGCGGAAACAGGGAGGGGCAGGAGGAGGAGAACAGAAAGGAAUCCCACGUUCCUGUGCAGGUCGCAGGAGUGAGACCCACAGACACUCUCACCCAAGCAGAACCACAAAGCUCCCACAACCACGAAGGGAUGAGGUCGAAGCAGGAAAUGGAGAAUCUAGACACUGUCCCUCAGGAGGAGGCCAAGAGUGAAAGAGAGGAAUCAAAACACAAAGGGGACGGGGAGUCUGCCCCCGCUCACCUCUACAUGGACUGGACGAGGGGGUCUGUGCGGCGAGUAACACAACAACUAGAGCAAUGGAUGAAACAAGAACAUGAGACGCCAUUGACCUCAUCGUCUGCACUUUCACUCACUGGUAGCACCUCCUGCUCCCAGCGCCGCCCAAACAGCAUCCAGUCUAUCACAGUGUCUGUGCCACAGGAUGCAGCGGUGUGCCCGCAGGUGUCUGUAGUCAGCACCUUGGAUGAAGAGAGGCUGGGUGGGGAUGGCAUGUUUAGACCAGUUGGAAGGGGGGAUGCAUUGGGAGUCCUGGGAAAUAUUAACAAAAGCACAAAAGGGCACAAACUCCAGCCUGCUGACACCAGAUUGCUCUCUACCUCUUCUUCUCUCUAUCAUUCUGUACAGUCUCCCUUUGCCUCUAUAAACUUCCUCUGUCUGGAAGGUGUGACAGACCUUGAGUCAUGCGUAGACAGGGACUGCUUCAUUGAGGGACCCCAUGCUGACAUCACCAUGAGGGAGACGUGGGAGACUUUGUGUGAGCUGGGUGCCUUCCUGCAACAUGUUGGCUCGGGUGGAGCCUGCAAGGCAUUGUGUAUGAACCAGGGCUUGGGAAGUACUCCGAAUCAAGGCUGUAGUCUGCAAAAGAGAGUUAGAGAGGUGGAAACCAGGAUACGCCAGGCGGGCCUGACUCCUCCAUCUCUGAUAAAGCGCUCGGCAUCAUUGGCCAAACUGGGCUGCCUGGAGCUCCUAGCCAACAAUCUGAAUGAGCUGGAGCGCAGCUGCUCCGUUGCAGCUCCACCCUCUACUCAAGCUCCUCUCCACACGGGUAGCGAUGAAUCCAAGAAGCAGCGGGUGCACAGCUCUCCUACCUCAAGCCACAAACAGCCAGAAGCCCUGAACGUCACAGCUAUGAAUCUUUCUGCUGCUGGGGAAAGUUUACCACCUUCAAAUCAGAGCCCUCUGAAAGAAAAACUUCCAAAUGCUGACCAAGACUCUCUGCAUUCACCUGGGCAGGCACUUCUGACAAACAGGCAGCAGUAUGGAAAGACUCACCCACUGAGGCAGCUUCAGAAAAGAACUAUCAGCACCCUGUACCACACCAUGUGACCCUCACCCAGUGUGUAUGUGUGCGUGCACAUUUUGGAUUUAUUCAGCACACCGAUGCCUCUUGCCUUAAAGGAUACUUUUUAGUCGUUGGUUUUGUAAAUUUUUCCCUACAGAUCCACCAAGAGCCUCUGUGAAAUCUGUGAUAUCAGCCUCAGCUCGAAAGUAGUGACGAGGCUGUGAGGGCUCCCAUCUGCUGAACCCAUCACCACAAGUUAAAUCAUUAAAAAAAUUGUCCAAAGCGUAAUCAAGACACAAACUUGUUUCUAAGCCUGUACAUACUCCCUGUGCCCACCAUUGCUGGUUAUCUUGAUAAUUCUCAUAGAUCACAGAAAGGUGGAAAACUACCUGUGUUAUUCCUGCCUCUUGGUAAUGUUUUCCAGUCCAUAUUUUCUGGAGGUACAGUGAUGCAGCUGUUCCUCCACACUUUUAUUCAUUCUCCUCAGAUUGCGCCAAUAUUUUCAUCUGUCAGAAUCCGGCGGAAAUUGUAACCACCAACCAUCUCUUUGAUGCAGAUUAGAAAGGUGUUCCUAAUGCUGCUUCAACAAAAGGUGGAAACCCAAAUUUUAGAUUUAGAAACGGAAAGAGUGUAAGAAUGUUUCUUCUUUAUUUUCAGUUACACAAUACCUCAACCAAACCUGACCUUUGCAGACAUCAGGCUCUGGUUUUCUGGAAUGUUCUCCUCAGUCUGAAACAAUUUAAACUACACUUGAUAAACUUGUUUUUCGUUGUCCUCAAAGUUCUGAAGCCAUUCAGAGCAGAUUCCUCGUGUGUGUUUAGCUUUGUGGGAGCAAGGGUAGCUUUGGGGGCUUGGAGCCUAAGGGUGGAGUGUAUAUUUACGAGUUUCCUGCUGUGAUCUCUUUUGGAUGUAAGUCUAUAUUCUGUGUUUUAGAAAAUGUAUAUAUUUUUUUUUACAUCUGGAUCGAGUUUGAGUUUAAUUUUGAAUGGAUCUCUUUUGUACAGCUUUUAGGAGUGUGCCUGUGACUGGCAAGUGAAGCUUCUCUGCAAUCAGAAAUAUUGUACAGGGACGUCUGUCAUACAUGCACUUUACUCCCUUCUUUUUUUUUUUUUUUUUACUUAUUUGUGACUUUCUUUUUAUAUUUUAUGUUUGCUACUUUUGGGGAGCAUGCUUAAGUUGUAGAAGGUGUCGGGUAUGUGGGUGUGCGUGUGUGUGUAAAGUCAAAUACAUUUUGGAUUUUAUUUUAAUGUGUCAGUGUAAAUAUUUUAUAUGAUGUAUUUCAACUGUGACCAUUAAAAAUGGAGAUUAUUAAAA